GCCGUCUGUGACCAUCCAAGCACAAAAGUAGUGCUUAAAAGGCGAAUUGAAUCAACUCUCUAAUAUAUAGACAACAGCCAUGUCCUCAGCUCAGAGUCGGAUCGCCGAGCUAGCGGCCGCUGUGGCCCUACACACUCAUCGAGUCGACAGUUAUCUUGCUGAAAAUGGGCUACCAUACCCAUCUUUCGACGCGGAUGGCCCGGUUGAUCUCAGGCUACCUCCUGAGAUCGAACAGUCACGUACUGCAGCCCUUCAAGCAAGCCAAGAGCUCAAUGACCUCCUUCAAGGCCCGAGGGACUUGAUUUUCAACCAUCAUCAUAAUUCACUGGUGUAUUUGAAAUUCAUUUCUCAUUUUGAUCUGGCCAAUAAAGUCCCCGUUGAUGGAGAGAUCACAUUCACGGAACUGGCAGCCAGUAUCGGCGUCGAUUACGGUGCACUCACUCGUAUUCUCCGUCUCAGCAUCGCGCACCGUAUAUUCAAGGAACCUCGCCCUGGGGUAGUUGCGCAUUCUGCCGCUUCCAGAGAAAUUGCAGAGGAUACACGUGUUGCGAGCUGGGUUGGAGCCAAUGUGGACGACAUGUGGCCUGCAGCAGGGAGGGUCGUGGAUGCUCUUAUAAAAUGGCCAUUAGCAACAGAGCCCAAUCAAAUCGGCUUUUCUCUUGCCAAUGAGACCAAUCGGUCCUUCUAUGAAGAGCUAGAUAAAAGUCCUGAGCGAGCGCGUCGUUUUGGUGGUGCAAUGAGCUGUUUCACUACCAGUGAUGGGUACUCCCUUAGUCACUUAACGGACGGAUAUCCAUGGGAAUCCAUAUCUUCUGGGACCGUGGUUGACUUGGGGGGAUCCCAUGGCGAUGCAGCAUUUGCUCUUUCUCGUAAAUAUCCAACCCUCAAUUUCAUCGUCCAAGAGCUGCCUCAGGUUGUCGAAAAUUCUAAGGAAGAGCCGGGCCUAGACGUCAAAUUCAUGGUUCAUGACUUGUUUGAAGAGCAGCCUGUGCACGGGGCUGAAGUGUAUUUGUAUCGCUGGGUCUUACAUAACUGGCCAGACAAAUACUGUGUCAAGGCCCUGCAAGCCUUGAUACCCGCUUUGAAGCAGGGCUCACGAGUCCUUGUUAUGGACUUCGUAAUGCCUCCCCCUGGAACCCUUCCAAACAAUAUCGAACGGAAUCUCAGGGCAAUGGAUCUUACGAUGCUAGAGAUUGGUAAUGCAAAGGAACGCGACCUUGGCGAGUGGGAGUCUCUGUUUGAACAGGCUCAUCCGAAGUUUGUCUUCAAAGGCAUGAGACAGCCACCAGGGUCGAGAUUGGCAAUCCUGGAGGCAACGUGGGCAGGCGGUGCGGAAAGUAAUAGAACAUAG